GGCUGCAGUACAGGCAUUUAACCACUGCCCACCAGGGCUUACGUUUUUUGAUACGCGCUGCAACUCAGGGUAGCUUUAAUGAUGCAACAACAUCUUCCUAGAUUUGUCCUGAUGUUACUCUAACAGCAACUGUCCAAGAUUCUGAUUUUUUAACCCCAGACCAUUCUGCUUAAAAUAUCUUCACAAUGAGUACAGCUGCGGAGCGAAAGUUCAUUAAUCUAAGGAAACGUUUGGAUCAGCUGGGAUAUCGACAGCCUCUGGGAGUAGAAAGCCUGCCUUUGGUAGAAAAGCUUUUCAGUGACCUUGUUCAUACAACUGAGAGUCUUCGAAGUGCAAAAUUAUCUGCUGGAAAAAUUGAAAAAGAAUAUAGCAACUAUGAUGCUGUUCUGGAACCUUAUCGAGAAGAAAAUGCUAGACUCACUCGGGAAAAUAAUGAAUUACAUUUAGAAGUCCUGAAACUGAAAGAGCAGUUGGAUCAAAGGAUCAAAGAUCUGAAAGCUACAUUGAGGAGAGUUGAACAUGAGAAUGCAGAUAUGAAAUUUUUGAAUAAUCAAUAUGUACAUAAGAUGAGAUCGUUAGAGAAAGAAAACAAAGCCAAGACUGACAGGAUCCAACAGCUCCAAGAGAAAAAUCUCCAAGCAGUGGUUCAGACACCAGGUGGUAGGAAAAGAAAUAUUCCAUUCAGGCGUCAACGUAUGCAGAUAGAUCAACCUGUCCCUCCUUCAGGAAUUGGUGCUUAUCCUGUUCCGCAGCCAGAUGAACCAUACAUAGCAGAUCUUUCUCAAGUGGCUGACAACAGACUUCAUGAACUGCAACUGGAAGUCGCUGACCUGCAGGAAAAAAAAACUAGAGUUGCUGAACGUGGAAUGGAAAAUUACUGCAAACAGGUUGAACUCCGUGACAGUGAGAUUGAGCGUUUGGCACUAGCACUUGAUGGUGGGCGCUCUCGUGUCAUAUCUCGGAAGCCAAAAACCGAGAGUAAUGAAAAAAUUAUUGCUCACUUAAACUUACAGGUUGAAUUCCUGCAGCAAACCAACAAAGAACUUGAAAUCCGCAUACAGCUUUUGGACAGUAGGCAAAAUGCAACUAGUGAGGUGGUGCAUUUAAGUAAUAAUGAAGAACUGUGCCAGGAACUGACAAUAGAUCAUUUGGCCCAACAGCUGGAAAGGCACAAAGAAAUUGUGCUUGAGACAGCAGAUAAGGAAAUUGGAGAAGCUACAGGAGAGAUUAAAAAAAACAACAGUGAAUCCAGGAUCGUGAAGAAAACUAUAGCAAGACUUAAGUCAGUAAGAAUAACUUCAUAUCGUAGAGAACAAGAGAACUCACCGAAGAGCUCAUUGAAAAACACAGACGAAAACCAAACUCUUGAGUUGAUGCUAAAUCACGCCCAAACAGAGAACCAAAGGCUGACAAAGAGAGUUGAAAAUCUUGAAAUUAUAGACAGAGAGCUUGUAAUAGAACUGGAGAAAAUGAGGUUAGAAGGUGGCAUAGCGCUUGGAGACAAGUCACCUUCUCGCCUAGAUGCAUUUGUAAAGACUAUAGAAGAAGACAGGGACUACUAUAAACGAGAACUGGAGUCUCUUCGAAAAAUAUUUAAACGAAAAUCUAGCCCAUUACGCAAGUCUCCAGAAAAGAGUGACAAUCUUAGAUUAGUUACCAGAGAGAGGGAUGAGCUACAAUCAAUGUUAGACAAAUUUGAAAAACACAUGGUAGAAAUUCAGUCUAAUGUUAAAUUGCUAACUGCAGAACGAGACAAACUAAGUAUUCUUUAUGAACAGUCUCAAGAUGAGUUAAAUCGUCUACGGAGAGAAACAAAAACUUACUUGAUGACCCAAAGUCAUGCAGAAGAGGAGAGAAACAUUGCAUUGACUGAUUUCAGAAGAAUGGUGACAGAGAAAGAAGGGCUGAGGGAAAAAUUAAAGAUCCAUCAAGAGGAAAAAUCAAAUCUAGAAAAGGCAAUAUCAGAGUUGGAAAAUACUGUUCAUAAAUUGGAAGGAGAACAACUUGAACAAAUAACAACAAUUUCAUUAUUAAAAGACAAAAUAGCCUGCUUAGAAGAUGAAUUAAAUGUUAAGUCUCAUCAACUUUCCCAAUCAUCUGAAGAUACUUCACAGUUUAAAACAGAAUUAAACUCACUUCAACUACUAAAUGAACAGAUACAGAAAUCCCUAGAUGACGCACAACAUCAAUUGUCUAUUAAAGAAGAUGAACUUCAUUCAGCUCAGGAAGAAAUUGCUAUGGUAGAAGACAAAUUAGAUAAACUCAUUAAUAAGAACUCUACACAAGAUGAGACCAUCCGUGUGCUGAGAAGUACUAUUAAUAUGUUGGAUAAGGAAAAGGACACCCUACAGGAAAGCAUAGAUGAAAAGACAGAAAAAAUUGCCUAUUUAGAUGAUAAUUUAGCAAACAAGGAGAAAACUAUCCUCAAUUUGCGGCAAACACUCACUCAGUUGGAAUCAUCCCUAGACCAAUUAAAGGAUGCCUUAAAUGGUAAAGACCGUGAACUGGCCAGUCUCCGCCGCCAGCUUGAUGGUAUACACUCUGAGUUUGGAGAAGUCAGCGCAGUAAAAGAACUGGCCCUGAAGGAAAACAGAAGAUUGCAGGAUGAUCUAGCCACAAUGGCCAGAGAAAACCAGGCAGUCUCAACUGAAUUAGAGAUAGCUUUACGUGAAAAAGAAGAAAUGAAAAUUAGAGUUCAUAAUUACAUAACUGAAGUCUCCAGGUUUGAAAGCUUAAUGAGCACCAAGGAAAGAGAGAACAAGGAGUUGUUGGAGAAGUUCCAGAUGCUCCAUAGCCAAGCUGAGGACUGGGAGGUAAAGGCCCAUCAAGCUGAAGGGCAAAGUAGUUCUGUUCGACUGGAACUCCUUUCUGUUGAUACUGAGCGAAGACAUCUUAGAGAGAGAGUGGAACUCUUGGAGAAAGAAAUUCAGGAGCAUAUCAUCGCCCACCAAGCUUAUGAAUCACAGAUCUCUUCAAUGGCAAAAAAUAUGGCCAGACUGGAGGAAAGCCUCAGACGUGAAAAAGAAGAAAAAUCUUCAAUGACUGUUGAUGUAGUUUCUGUUAGAGAGCUGUGUGUUAAACUGGAGUCUGGCAAAGACCUUCUUUCACGUCAGCUAACAUCUAAAUCUUUGGAUCUUGAGAGGGUUAUGUCAGAAUUAGAAGAUGCAAAAGCAGAGGCAGAACUCUUAAAAAAGCAGUUGUCCAGCGAGCGACUUACAAUUCAAAACCUUGAAACUCUCUUGGCUACCAGCAGAGACAAAGAUUUUCAGAAUCAUUUGAUAACUCAUGAAAAGGAUUCAGAAAUACAGCUACUCAAAGACAAGUUAACACUCUCAGAGAGUAAACUAACAAGUCUUAGCAGAGAGGUUUCUAUACUCCGAAAUAAACUUGCACAGCUGCAGACUGAUUAUGAUAUUAUAAAAAGACAACUAACAACAGAGCGAUUUGAACGUGAACGUGCCAUUCAAGAGAUGCGUCGACAUGGCCUCUCUACAUCUUCUCUACGUGCCUCGUCCCCUCUUAGCUCAACCUUGAGAUCUCCUUCACAUUCUCCAGAGAGAGCACUUACUAUAACAACAGAACGAACAACAGAACAAACUGACAAUUCAGAAAUAAAGAUCGAGGAAAUUACACACCUGAGUUCCAGCUUUUAAAGGCAUAAAACAAGGCAGGUUAGGAUAGUAAAGCUAAUAGAUGAGGAGACUUCAGACUGACCUAUGCACCUUUGACGAAGAAUUCUACAGUUUCCAUUAUAGAUGCCAAUAAGAAGAACAGAUGGUGACAUGUAACAGGGGAAGAGAACCCAAAUUCUAAAUUUGGUUUUGCCAAAGCCACUUCUCUUAAAAUUGUUGAAAGCAUGUUUUAAUAAAUAAAAAUAUAUAAACUGGAACAAUGGUCUCUGCAGAAGAAUCCCUAGCUAAUUUCAUUUUAAUGGUUAGCAUUAAAUUGUUUUAAAAUAAUGAAUGAUGGAUCUUAAGGACUUAAUGGUACAUACUUCUGACUUCAAACAUCACCAGAGAAUGGAAAUGAAGCAACACAUUUUUAAUAUGCCUCCUUCGUGUGUUAUAGUCGAACACUGAAGGUUCUUUGGGAGAGUCAGAGGUAAUCUGCAAAUCAGCACUUGGUGCAAACCUGUUGACCUCAGUGAUAAGAUUCAGGGCUACAAUGAACAUGUAAAGUACAUUAAUAUUCUUUGAAAUAACUGUUAAAUAAAAGAACAAAUCUCUUGGGAAGAUACUGUGAUGUUAGGAAAAUCAUGACAUUUUACUGAACAAAAUAUUGGGAUUAAUCAUCUUCUCUGUUCUUUCUCUUUGCUAAUCAAACAAGCCAUAGUUUCUCACCUCAUCCAUACUUUUGAAAUUGUGAUUGUCUAAACUCUUGUUAGAUCAAAGCAGAAUUGAACUGUGAUUUAUUAUCCUAGUUUGAUCAUUAAUGUAGUAUUUAAAAACAAAAAAUCUCUUCCUUGUGGCUAUGAAAAAGGAGAGAAGGAGCACACUCAAGCUCACCAGAACCAGCAUAGUUAGCAAAAAUCCAUUGUAUAUUGUUACAUCUGAGGUAGGCCACUUUGAACUGGGUUUUUUCCCCAUAUGCUAUUCUGCAUAUAGGAGACUUUAUUGCAAGACCCUGAAGACCUGGAAAAGCCCCAGUGCAGCAUCCUUCAUUCACUGUCUUAAAAUAGUUUCAAAGAUAUGGCCCUCUUUAUGGAUUCAUUAUCUUAUUUGUUUUGUAUGUUAUUUUUAAGCUAUGUUAAAUGUAUCAGAAUUGUGUCCCUUUUGUUUUUAACCUAGUGUAUCAUUAUUUAUAAAUAAUAAAUAUUGCAGAGGCCCAAGAUGGCUUCUAAAUGGAUUAGCUGUUUUGUUUAAACUGUUAAAAAUAAUAAACAUGAAAGUCAAACUCUAUAUUGCAUAACAAGUUUGAGAAAAAUAGAGUAGCAAAUAUGUUGUUUUUCCUCAUGGUCUCUAUGAUUCAUAAAUAGACAAUAACAUUAAAAAUCCACAAAACAGUGAUACCUUUAUUGGACUAACCAAAAUGCACAAAAUAUGUGUUGCAAACUUUCAAAGCUCUACUGGAUUCUUCAUCAGGCAAAGGUGUUAAAAAUCACACAGGAGGGGGAAAUUAUGAUGGUGUUAAUCAGAGGCCUGUAAUAAAAUAAUACAAUAAAAUUAGCUGUGGGUUGAUUGGAAGUAUCAUGACUAAAGUGCAUUUUGGGAUAUCAUGGCUAAUGUAGCCUUCAUUAAUUUGUCUGCUCUUUUAUAGCCUUCAUAUUGCCCUAGCACUGAAAUUGAUGUGCCCUUUUUAAAUGUCCAACUUGAUUUAUUUUUGAAAUGUUAUGUGCUCAAAACCAUUGAUUUAUCUGAUAGCUAUAUGGCAUGCUGAAGUGGCUUGUGAAUUCCAUAUCUGUUGGGUAGUGAAUCUGCUCUGGGCUUUAGACAUUAAAAGAGCUAGCCAAAAUGCUAUGUUUUAGGGAUAGGAUUCAGCACCAAAGAUAACAUUGAGGCCAAAAUCCAGGUUGGAUUCACUGUCCCAACUGCUGGAUCUUCUACAAACCCUACAAAGGCAUGGAUUUGUAGGGAUUGUAGAAGAUCCAGCAAUUGGGGAUGACUUUAAUUUGGUGGCUAUGUAAUGCUCUUGAUAAUACAGGCGGACUCCUAUAUCUGUGGGACUGGUAACCUUAAUGUUUAGGUAAUUUCAACAAUUCCACUGAAAUCCAGAGCAAGUUCACCACCACUAUGAUGGCAGCUACCACUGGUAAUAAUACUGGGGGCAGAGACCACUGCCUCAUCAGUUGGAAAGUGUACGGUGUGAGUAUACUAGAGAGACACUACCUUUUUUGGCAACUGCUUCCACAUAAAUGCCCCUUCUGAUCUU